AUGCCCAUCCCCGUCCCCUCCGCAAACCACCUCAAGGACCUGUUCAGCCUCAAGGACAAGGUCGUCGUGAUCACCGGCGCCUCCGGCCCCCGCGGCAUGGGCAUUGAGGCCGCCCGCGGCUGCGCCGAGAUGGGCGCCAACGUCGCCAUCACCUACGCAUCGCGCCCGCAGGGCGGCGAGAAGAACGCCGAGGAGCUCGCCAAAGCCUACGGCGUCAAGGCCAAGGCCUACAAGUGCGACGUCGGCAACUUCGAGAGCGUCGAGAAGCUGGUCAAGGACGUCAUCGCCGAGUUCGGCCAGAUCGACGCCUUCAUCGCCAACGCCGGCCGCACCGCCUCCAGCGGCAUCCUCGACGGCUCUGUCAACGACUGGAUGGAGGUCAUCCAGACCGACCUGACGGGUACCUUCCACUGCGCCAAGGCCGUCGGCCCGCACUUCAAGCAGCGCGGCACCGGCAGUCUCGUCAUCACGGCCAGCAUGUCGGGUCAUAUUGCCAACUUCCCGCAGGAGCAGACCUCGUACAACGUCGCCAAGGCCGGUUGCAUCCAUCUCGCGCGGUCGCUGGCCAACGAAUGGAGGGAUUUCGCCCGCGUCAACAGCAUCUCGCCUGGGUAUAUCGACACGGGCCUGUCGGACUUCGUGCCCAAGGAUGUGCAGGAUCUGUGGAUGUCGAUGAUCCCGAUGGGCCGCAAUGGCGAUGCGAAGGAGCUGAAGGGCGCCUACGUGUAUUUGGUCAGUGAUGCGAGCACCUACACGACGGGUGCGGAUCUGCGGAUCGAUGGAGGAUACUGCGUGCGGUAG